CUGCUAUUAGCAAUGGUCAUUUUAUUAUAUUUGUUGACAUUUAAAUUCUAAUUACAAAGGGUUUGAUAUAAAAAUUCACUAUAUCAAAAAUUAUUGAUUAUAAGAAAUCUAUAUUGGGGCUUUCUUCAUUAUAGCAAGUUAUUCAUUAUACAAAAAUUCGUUAUAGUGAGGGUGAACUCGAUAUGUCAGAAUUUGCAUCUACUUCUACGGCAACGGAAGAUAAACACGCUCACACGUUAGCCCAGGUUGUCAAAAAGAUGGAUCAGCGAGAACUUCUCAAAUUUUUAAAAGAUCGGGAUGACAUACAUCUUAAUAGACACGAGUGGGACGGAAUUUUUAAUAAUCAACAUAUUAGUGGACGUGCCUUUCUCAAUCUGACAAAAUUAGAUUUUUUAAGCAUAAGACUGCCAUUAGGGCCGGCGGUCGAACUUGCAGACUUCGUUGAGGAACUAAGAGAGAAUCAUUUUAAAACGUUUUCAUCGCGUAACAUCUUGGGAGAAUUAUUGAGAAAGUACAAACUCGAUGGUAAUAGCAUAGAAGCAAUUCCUCUGUUUAAACUAGAGUGACCUGUGAGAUCCAAGACUCUGACAAGCAUUUUGUUAAUUGCAUGACAGAGAUUAUGGUUAGGCUUAAAAAUUAUGGGUCUUUGUUCGUGGACAGUUUAGAAUUCAUGCGCAAUGAAUAUGUCGCGGCAAUACUUCAUGCAGC